UCCUCUCGUCUCCUUCCUCCCUCCCUCCCUCCCUCCAUCUGCAGCAAGCAACCACCUCCAUUAAUCCUCUCUCUCUACAGUUCUUGGUGACUUCCAUUCCCAACCGCUUCUUCAAUCUCUCCACUUCUCCAGUCUCCACACGCACAGGAUGCCGCCGCAACCUCCUCCUCCCUGCAGUCUCUCUCUGGUUUUGUGCUAAUUAACCCCGAAGAAAUUAAGCGAGCGUGUGUGUGUGUGAGAGAGAGAGAGAGAGAGGUAGAAGUGGAGGGUGAGAAGAAAAAGGAGGCGCCUUUAGUGCAAAAGGCUGCACCUUUUCCGCUUCCUCCUCCUCCCCAUUUCAAUCUCCCCUCGUUUUGGUUUCCCGCGCGCGGUGGAAGGGAGGGAGGGGAAAGAAAGGAUAGAGAGAGAGAGAGAGAGAGAGAGAGAGAGCCUUUUGGUGUUUGGUGGUGGUUGCGAGCGAGCGAGCCUGCCUCCCUGACCCUGGCGGCCAUGGAGGCGGCGGAAUCCUUGGAGUAUGAGCUGCAGAAGGAGGUCUCUAACAUCAUGAUCCAGAACUACAUUACUAGUUUGCGUCAAGAGUUUGAGACGAAGUUAUGGGAGAAUCAGAACCGCAUUAGUGCCAUGAACAAAAACUGGAAGGAGAAGAUAUCUAGUAUUGCUGCACUGCGAGAUGAGCUCGGUGCUAUUUUCAGUGUUGUAUCAGCUUCAGAAUCUGGUGUGCUUUCUUCCCAUGGUAGCCUCGAAAGAAUUGAAGAGUUGAACUUUCUGAAGAUGAAGGAUGAUAAUGAGUCGCAAAUUACAGAGAAAACUACAGAUUCAGGUGAGCUCAUGCUUGAUAUCCCUGACUUCUCACUCUUAAAGCACAUGCCAAAUGAAGAAGUUACAAGUUUUCUAAAAACAGAAUGGUUGAAAUUGCGAAGACAGCAUGAGUCUGAAUUGCAUGAGAAAACAGAAGAGUUGUUUAGGCUUAAAAGGGAAUUUGCAAAAGAUAGAUCCUUGUUGCCUUUUAGGAUGGAGAGAGAACUUGAAGUCAUUAAAUCGAAGUUGCUUCAAAGUAUUUCAAAACUGGAUGAAAUCACCUCAAGAGAAGAUAAUCCUUGUUGUGAUAAUUAUGAUAAUGAUGGAGUUUGCAGAUUUAAGGACAGAAUUGGAUCUUUACUUCAUAAAAACGAACAUCUUCAAGGUUUGCUAGCUGACAAAAGAAUGGUGGCUAAACAUCUGUCUUUACAAGUGUUAGAUGCAGAGAGUAAAAUUGCACAGCAUUCAUUGUCCGAGUUAAAACUUGUGAAACAAGUUGAUAAGCUUAGACAUGAACUUGAAGAUUUGAAGAUUGAGAGACACCUUCAAGAUUUACUGGAGCUGUCAAUACUAAGAGAAGUUUUUGGUAAUUAUGAGAAUCAGAUUGAUGAAAGCAAUCAGGAAGAGACCUUCCUCAGAAAGUUGCUUACAGAAAAAGAAGAGCAGUUGAGUAUUGUGUAUGACGACAGACAGAAGCUCAAGUAUGAAAACAAUCAACUUGUAGCAAUUGCAGGAUCAACAUUAAUGCAGCACCAUGAGCAAGUCAACUUGGUUAAUGAUGAGCUUACCAUUUUCAGGGAGAAGGUGUGUGAGCAGGAAUUGUUGAUCUUAGAGUCCAAGAGUGAGUCGAAUUCGAUGAAGAGUUGCUUGUACGAGGCUUUACAGCAAAUCAAUGUAUGCAAGCAUGAGAUACAUGGGCUGACUGACAACUUAACUUCCAUGUCUAUUGCUUUGGAGGAAGCGAAAGAACAGAAUGCCUCACUUGAUGCCACCAUCCGGGAAAUGAAGAAAGCAUCAGUUCCAAGCAUUAACAAUCACAAGGGUCAAGCAGAUCACCUAGAAUAUGCCCUUGUUAGUAUGGAGAAGUUAUCUAAAGCAUACAGUGAUUUUGAAAUUAGAUUGGCACAAAGCAUGAAGAGAAAUGAAAAUAGAUUGACUAGUAUAAUUUGCCAGUUUAACCCAUUGGUGCAGCAAGUUGCCGUAUUAAAGAAAAAGGAAUUCUGGUAUAAGCAAAUACUUGAGAUUAAAUGUUCUAAUCUCCAGAAAGCGGAAGCUGAGGUUGAUAUACUUGGCGAUGAAGUUGAUGCUCUUCUUAGUAUUCUUGGAAAGAUCUACAUAGCACUUGAUCAUUAUUCUCCUGUUUUGAAGCAUUACCCUGGGGUUACAGAGAUUAUGAAGUUGGUCCAGAAGGCAUUGAAAGGAGAAAAAAUAUAGCAGAAUGCCUCUCCAGGGAAAACCUUCACAGUAUUUAUGAGAAGAUAGAAUUAUAUGACAGAUUUUCAACACUUCAGUUAUUGAUUGCCGUGAGCAAGUUUUUGCAUUGUCUCACAGGGAAGAAUGAUUAUGUUAACAUACAAUACAAGGCUAAGCAUAGUAAACUAGCUAGGUACCAUUGUUGAAUUGGUAGUGUGACCAAUGGGAUCCAUUCAUUUGUAUGAUUGUAUCAGUGUGCAGUUAGUGGUGUUGUCAAUACAAGUUUGUAGGGUCUGUUUGUUUUGGUUGCAGUUUCAGGUUUCACGGUGAGUGAUUGAUUACUUGUCUGCAUGCAACAAAGUGCAGCUUGUUAUAGUUACAGAUAGUAUUACCAGUGACCUUUUUUGUAAAAAUUGCAAUUUUCUCUCUAGUACAGGUUUUGUAAAGAUUCUUUGUCAAAAGGAAGACAGUAGGAGUUGUAAACUUGUAAUGCCAGGUUGUUAAUGAAAUCAGCUUUCAGUUUCUG